AUGGUUUCUAAUAUGCGCCGGUUGGCGGCAGACCAUGCCGCCCUGCACACUAAGCUACCGCCGUACUACCUCUUGCCGCCGGAUGAUGGUCAAUUCACUGCAGCUGAUGACCUAUCCCAACUAAACAUCCUGCUGACGGGUCCACCGGGGACACCAUACUCCGAGGGUCUAUGGCGAUUGUCCUUGAAGAUGCCACAGGAUUAUCCCAACAGCCCGCCUAAAGCCACUUUCCGAACCCGCAUAUGGCACCCCAAUGUGGAGGAGUUGACUGGUGCCGUGUGCGUGGAUACACUCAAGAGAGACUGGCAGUCUACACUGACACUCCGCGAUGUCCUUAUUACCAUCUCUUGUCUUCUGAUUCACCCCAACCCCGACUCUGCGCUCAACUCCACGGCAGGGAAUCUGCUCCGAGAGGAAUAUGAUUCCUUCGCCCACCAGGCUAAAUUAAUGACAUCAAUUCAUGCCCCGAUCCAGUCAGACCUCAGAGCUCUCGUGAACGAAGCGAAAUCCCGUGGUGAAGAUCCUAGCUCGGUGCCCCAGAAGCCAGACCACCAUAAUCAGCGCCCACGAAAACAACAGCGGACUCAGUCCAGCGCUUCUCGGAAUACUGGUCCCCAGCCCAGUCGUCCAGAAUAUGUUCUUCAUCCACCACGCGACAUUCCCCACCCCCAGACCAUUCUCGAGGAUGAUCAAAUGCAAAUAAGCGAUAUCGACGACGAAAACGAUGACCCUGCCAGUGCAAGCAAGGAGAAUAACCCCUCUUUUUCACCUGUCCCUGUGCGCAUGGCGCCGUCCGUCGGAAUUCGCAAAAACGCCUUUGGGAAACGACCACUGUCCGUCCUGUCGAUUGUAUACCCCGAAGACCCAGACACGGAUAUGAUGCUUGUGGAUCCAGAAUCCGACAAUGACAAGGACAGCGAGGCAUCUACGACGACCAGCUUCAGCUCCUCUGACCAGAACAUCGCCGCCAAUAUUCCUUCGUCUUCUACCACUUUUUCCCGUUACACACCCAAAUCUCCCCAAAUGACUCCUAAUCGCAAAACUCCUAGACUCGCGCCUAGUCGACGAGCCAAUACACCCACCCGCCUCCGUGAAGAUGUUCCGAUCUACGAAGACGUCCCAGACCGUACGUUAAUAGAUAUCUCGCGUCGAUUUGGAAGGGACGGAAAAAAGAAUUGUGAUGCCGUCACUGGGUCUUACGGUGUAAAGGGGUUGCGUGGCUUGCAUGCGGAGAAGGUCGCACAAGCUGGGAGCCAUAUUGCAAUUCAGUCGGGUACUGCGUACAGUGCAACGCAGUCUCUUAUGUCAUCCAAUACGUCUCCUUUCAAGGCUUCAAAGAAGAUCGUUGGUGGUGCACGGAGGGGACCGAUGACGAAGACCAAGCCGCGAAUUGGUGUACGACGUCUUUGA